AUGUUGUACCAGGAGAGUGAGGAGCUAUGCCCGUUCGUGAUCCCCGUCGAGGACGUCGACGUGCUGAAUGCCUCCGAGGCGUUUUGCAUGCUGAGGAACUAUCUCGCGCGAGACACCAGCUUCUGCGCACAGCACGACGAGUGCGACCCGCAGACCAAGCAAGCAUGGAUUCUGCAGCGUGACCUGCUGCAUGCGCUGGUGAUGCCGGUGCUGGAGCUGUUCAACCGCGCCUCGGUGCUCGCCGAGGCCGCGCUGUGCACGCGGCGGAGCGAGGACCUGGAGCUCGCGUUUGCCGGCGAGGCGCGCGGCGCGUUUCUGUGCCUGCAGUGCUUUGUCGACGAGGAGGAGGACUGGUGCCGCACCCGCGGGUGCCCAGCGUGCAUCACCUCCGCCACCCUCAGCACGGAAUCCCAUCUGCGCCUCACCAUCGCCGCCUCGCUGCUCUCCACCUCCACCGUCACUUCGUCCCCCGCCGACCUCCCCCCGCCCUCCCGCACCCUACCCCCCCUCCCGCACAUCCUCCCCGCGCUCCGCGACGCCCUCGCCUCAGACCCCUUCUGGGGCCCGGACCAAUGGCCGUACCUGCUCUCGCGCGCAACCCAACUAUCCCGCGGCAUCCAAGCGCUGAUCAGCGAAUGCGUGAACCUGGAAUCUCUAGUCUCGUCGCCGGUGGCCGAGCGCACGGCGUUCAUCGGCAGCAAGCGCGGCGCCACAGCCCCGGGGGUGCAGUACGCGAGCGAGGGCGUGCGGCUCAAGAAGAGCAAGCUCGCCAAGCGGCAGCUGCGGCUCGAGCGCGAGGAGGUCGAGCUCAUGCGCCGGCUGGCGAUGCAGUGCUGGGCCAAGGCGAUGCUGCCGAAGAGCGUGCGGGGCGAGAUGCUGGGGCAGAGCGGGGAGGACAGUCGGCGGCGGCGGAGCUUGACGUGUCCGUAGGCCGUUCGCUGGCGGCGUUGGGCUACGUGUGUGAUUCUUGCGGGUGUUUCACUGCAUACGUUUUUGUUUCCUUUGUGCGUCUCAUUCUUUUUUUUUUGUUUUUUUGAUAUAGAGGGGAAAGGCAUUGCGUCGGCGUUCGGGUUUGGCGGCUUAAGAUACCACAGCGCAACAGCCGCAGCGUGCGCGUCGCCUGCACCACAAUUUCAUAGCGUACUACACUGCAUCUCGCGUUCCUCCUUCACCCCCCUCUCCCCUUUCUCCCCCUCCUCGCCUCUCCUCCAUCCCCAGCACCCCCCUCCCCCCUCUCUACCUCUCCAC